ACUUAAAUUCUCGUUCUCGGCAAAGCCAAAAUGUCGGAAGACGAAAAUUGGUCCGUAAGUUGUGUUGAAACGAACGAUUGGAUGCCAUCACCGGAGGAGCUGGACGCAGCGUACUCAGCGAUGGAAAAUGGCACCUACACGCUUGAGCUGAACUGGAAAUGUCCCGGACGUCGAGCGCCGUCGCCAGCAAAGAAGGACGAACCGAAGAUGACCGAAGUGGCGGAUAAGGAAUCCUCAUCCAAAAAUAAAGAAUUCGAUUUCAUGGACGAUGUCACCCUGCCGCAGAUGCGCGUUCGAGGGCAAAACAGUGGCCCGAAGGGGUCCGCCAAGAAGAAGACCACAAACUUUGCCUCGGUGCUGGAUCAGAUGAAAAAGCACGGUCGGCUCACGCAAUCGAAGGAUAGUUCCGGGACGUAGAGGAAUGUGAGCGACGAUUGCCCGAUCUCGAUCGCGAGCUCAUUGCCAAUCAAUUUAUCGCUGCCAUUUGACCGUGCGAUUUCUUGGUAGGAUAUUUAUAGGCUACAUCCAUAAUCCGACCCGACCGUAGUGCAGCCAUGUGGUCAUAAGUCGGUCCACCUCGGCGUCAAUCAUUUUCGCCAAAUGGUGCCGCAUGCAAAACGGCAGAGGUCGACCGUCAGCCGGAAGGCCAAUAUGGGACAAUCUAAUAGAUCGAUCGCCCGUUAAACGACCGUAAACAGUCUAUAAAUAAAGCUGCGGUGAAGGUUUAAUGGUUGUGGCUGAACUGUGCCAGCAAAACCGUAUUUCUAAGUUUGGCUCCCAGUGGCAGGUGUUUAGUGUCCCCUGGCCCCAUAACUCACGUAAAUUGUAGAUAACGAUUGGAAUAUUUUAAGACGGCUAGAAAGCAAAAUGUGCUUACCUGUGCCCUAUUCAAUAAAUUACCUGUGAAA